UACAACUGGGAGCCGAGCAGCGUUGAGACCACAGAGCGGUUUUCCUGGCUCAUGAGAACCAUUUUAAUGUUAAAAACAACAUGUACAUGAGGCGCUAGGAUUCAUACACUCUGUUGCAGGCAGCAGGGCUCCAUCAUCGGGAUCAGCUGCUGAAGAGUCCGGGUUCAAAACAAACUAUGAAGAAGAGAAGCAGACGUCCAAGGUCGUCCGAGGCUUCCAGGCUGACCAGCAGGACGCAGACAGUGGGGAGCUCCAGUGAGGAGAAGAGGCCGCCUGGAAACAGGGGGAGACCUCGGAAGACCGUCCCUGCAACCACGGACAGUUUCAACCACGAAGAUGCCGCAGAGGACAAGACUGCCGACUGCAGUGGGAAGGCGACCGACGACACACAACAACAACAACAACAACAACAACCAGAGAGCAAGUCUAGAGCUUCAGCAGGCAGACUGUCAACGGCCGUCUGUCGGCUCUGCCAUGGGAAGUUCUCCCCACGCAGCCUCCGGCACGCCUUUAACAAGUGGCCCCAGAAUUCUGUUGUGGUAGCCGACGACGAGUCAGACGCGGUGGCCCAGUCGCCCCUUCUGUUCCACACGGACUUCCAGCGGCUGGUCGGGGUCCAGUUGGACCGCGACCCCUGCUUGUCAGAGUUCAUCUGCAAGAAAUGCCACUCAAAGUUCUACAAGUGCCACAGCAUCCUGCUCAGAUUUCUGCAGAGAGUCAACCUCCCACCUCUUUCUCUUGGGAAAGAGAACCUCAAAAGAUGGAAGAAGUGUCCAGAGGCCUCAGUAAACCACGCCUCGACAACACCACAGUCCUUCACCUCAGACCCUGAGUGCCUCCACAGCCUGGUGUCCUGGGCCCACCACCAUGGGGAGGCCUGCCGCUCCUGCCCCAACCUGAGGGAGGUGCUGGAGGACCAGUGCUGGGGCUCCGUCAAGGCUGUUUGGGGCUGCGUCGACGGCCACAGUUACGUCAUGGACGCUCAGUGCGCCAACGCCGCCACCCCCGGAUACGCCAUGGACUUAUACGGUGGAGUGUUGGGGACCGGCAACGGUGACGGAGCGAUGUCGGAGGAAGAUGAAGAACAGCAGCAGCCCAGAGGGAAUGGGAGGAUAAGCAUGCUGGCUCAGCACAGUCCACCCGCACCCCCAGUACAGACUCAGAGCUCGGCACUGGCUCACUGGAGCGUCGAAACAGAAGACUUCACAGGUCACGAGGGGUCACUGUCUCCCGCUCCAGUCCAGCUGGAGGACAGGGCCGCUGACAGCGAUCUGUCCGACAGGUUCAUCUCUGAGGAUGACUUGGAGGAGAGCAGAAAAGGAGGGUUAUCAGACGACGAGAUGUUCGAGCCGUACUCAGACAAGAGAGCUCGCAGGGUGACCGUCCCCAACAAGAGGAGAAGAAGCCCAAAGGCCCUGGUGGAGCCCAAAAUAAAGAAAAAACCAGGACCCAAACCGGGCUGGAAGAACAAGUUCAAACCUAAAGGAGAGGAGCUGCCCAACAUCUACAAGUGUCCGUAUCAGGGCUGCACCGCCGUCUACAGAGCUCCUGAUGGUCUGAAGAAGCACAUCAAGGAGCAUCACGAGGAGGUGAAGGAGCGACCCUGCCCCCAUCCUGGCUGCAACAAGGUCUUCAUGAUCGACCGCUACCUGCAGCGACACGUCAAGCUCAUCCACACAGAGGAGAGGAACUACAUUUGUGACCAGUGUGGCCAAACCUUCAAACAGAGGAAACACCUCUCAGUUCACCAAAUGAGACAUUCAGGGGCCAAGCCGCUACAAUGCGAGGUGUGCGGCUUCCAGUGUCGCCAGCGAGCGUCGCUGAAAUACCACAUGACCAAACACAAGGCGGAGGCCGACCUGGAGUUUGCGUGCCUGAUGUGCGGGAAGCGCUUUGAGAAGGCCCACAACCUGAACGUCCACAUGUCCAUGGUCCACCCGCUCAUCCAGGCCAAGGUUCAGAGAGGCAGCAGCCAGGAGCAGCAGCAGCAGCCGCCACCGUCGUACUCAGACCUGCACACCAUCGCUCUGACCGGGGAGGUGGUUCAGCAAGACCAGGACAGAUGACAGA